GUUUGCAAAUAUUAAAUUAUUUAAGUAGAAGAUAGAAUAGCGUAUCUAAUUAAAAUGAUUAAUGAGAAAUAAUCUCCUUCUAAAUAAUAAGAAAACAAUAAUCUUAAUGAAAAUGAUAAGAAAUUAUAAGAUGAAAAAAGCAAACCAAAGCAAAAAGUAUAGCUACCGAUAUAAUCCAAAGAAGAGUUGCACAUGAUAAAAGAUAAGGUUUUAGAGGAUAUUGAAUCAGUUUUCAAUGACCAUAUGAAAAUUGAAAAUAGUAACGAUGAAAAUAUAUAAGCAGAGCUUAUUUAAAAAAAGCAUCAUUUUAAAAAAAGAUUAAAAGGUUUUUACAAUCAUAUAAUUUGCACAAUAAGAGAUAAUACAGAAUUUUUGGCUUUUGAUUCUACAGAAAAAAAUCAAAAAGCAUCUUUGUACACAGCUAAGAAUCUGUAGUUAGAGGAAAAGAAUAAGGAAUCAAUAAACUAGUUUAGAGACAUAAUUAAUAAAACAGAUGCUCUUAAAGAGAAAGUGCUGGAUAAAUUUUAAGAAAAAUUAGAUAAUGAACUUAAAUAAGUUGAAACUUAAUAAAUAGCAAAAUAAAAAUAGUAAUAAAUAGAAAUAAACCCUAAAAUUAUAAAUACUAGUUAAGGAUCUUAAAAGAAUUAAAAAUCUUAGCAAGAGUAAUAGAAAGAAAAUUAGAGUAAUAUUAUCAAAGUCAAAGAUGACAAAGGUUAAGAAAAAGAAAUAGACCUUUCAUAAUGUGUAAAAUUAUGUCUAGAUUAAUGCACAAAAAGUAUUUCAAAUGAAAUCGAUAGAGUCAAAAAUAUGUAACCUCAACUUAAAGAAUAGUUAAAUACUUUUCAUUAGAAUACAAGAUAAUAAAUAAAAAAAACGAUUGAACUACAGUAUGCUAUAGAGUCAAUCAAAAAUACUAGAGAUUAAUAGUCCUUCUUAUUACCUACAAUGCCAAGUAAUUUAUUUGACUGA